AAAAUGAUGACUUGAUGAGUCGCGAGCGCCGCAAGGCUCAAUAACACUAUCCCACUGAAAUGCAAAUGUUUUUAUGAUGACCGUUGGAUUGAGUGCCACCUCAUCGAUUCGCGUGAAUUCGUGUUUCAACGGCUGAGAUCAGCGUUGCAGAGCAACUGGGGGAACGAAGGGAAGAGGCUGGUAACUUCUCUGUCUUCUCUAUUCUCCAGUGCUCGAUUUCCGAUCGAUUCUUCCCUCCUCGCGAACAAGGAGUUUCGAAAGUGCUGUGAUACUUGGAUUUGAAGAUGAAAGCCGCUGAGGAAUUGAAGGAGCAUGUUGAGGAAAACGAGGUCAUCACUUUGAAUGAAGAUGACGACGAAUAUGAAUCCGAGGAUGAAGUAGACGAUGGAGAAGACGAUGAGGACGAAGAAGGUGAUGGUGAAUACGACAAUGAAGACGAUGAAGAUGAGGACGGAGGUGCUGCUCCUGACGGCGGCGGCGACGAUGAUGAGGAUGACGAAGGAGAAGAAGGAGGUGAUGACAAGCGCGGUGGCGGUCCUGACGACAACGAUGACGAUGACGAUGACGACGACGACGACGACGACGAUGACGAGGAGCGCGGGGAAGAGGAUUUGGGAACAGAGUAUCUUGUUCGCCCUUUAGGCACUGCUGAAGAGGAGGAAGCAUCCAGUGAUUUUGAACCCGAGGAGAAUGGUGAUAAGGAAGAUGAAGGUGACGGAGACGAUGAUGAUGAAAAGGUUGAGGUUAAGCCUAAAAGAAAGAGGUCAGAUAAGGAUGACUCAGAUGAUGAUGAUGGUGAUGAUGAUGGUGAUGAUGGAGAUGAUGAUGAUGAUGAUGAUGAUGAUGAUGAUGAGAGACCCUCUAAGCGAUAGUUAGGUCCAUUCUUUGUUUGAAAAGUCACCAUAGGUCAACAUAUCACUCUCUGUCCUACAAAACAAUCAGAGAAAUGAUAAGUAUGUUGAUGGAAUUGUUUCUUGCUCUGUUGUAUUGUUAUGAUACAGUUUUAUUGGGCUUACUAGUUUUGUAAGGUCGGUGCUUAGUCAAUAGUGCGUUUAAAAUGUGGUAGAACAAAUUUUGCAGACUUAAAUAUCUUCUAGUUCUUUGUAGGUUGGUAAAUCUUGUGCAUUACUAUUUCUAAUAUUGUACUCGUUUGUUGCUAUUACAUGUUGAUGGGAAUUGGGAGCUUCAUGUCCACUGGUUGU